GGAACAAAUCAGUGGAUCCAGAUUCAGGUCUGAGGAAGCCUAGGGUUCUUAACUUCCCGCUCAACUGCUUUCUUCCCAAAGUAGAGGAUUCCUGCUCUAGAGUACUGUCAAAAUGGCCUCAGAAAUCAACAUGCCAGGCCCAGUGUGCCUCAUCGAGAACUCUGAUCAGCAGUUGGUGGCCAACCAUGAAGCACUAGACAUCCUGUCUGCUAUCAAGCAGCCUGUCGUGGUGGUAGCAAUAGUUGGCUCUUACCGCACAGGAAAAUCCUACCUGAUGAACAAACUGGCUGGAAAGCAGAAAGGAUUCUCUCUGGGUUCCACAGUGCAGUCUCACACCAAGGGGAUCUGGAUGUGGUGUGUGCCUCACCCUCAGAAACCAGGACAUACCCUAGUUCUGCUUGAUACUGAGGGCCUGGGAGAUGUAGAGAAGGGAGACAACCAGAAUGACUGCUGGAUCUUUGCCUUGGCGGUCCUCCUCAGCAGCACCUUCAUCUUCAACAGCAUAGGAACUAUCGACCAGCAGGCCAUGGACCAACUGCACUAUGUGACAGAGCUGGCUGAUCUAAUCAAAUCAAAGUCAUCAACUGAGCCGCAUUACAUAGAUAACUCAGCUACCUUUGUGAGCUUUUUUCCAGUGUUUGUGUGGACUCUGAGGGAUUUCACACUGGAGUUGGAAGUUGAUGGAGAGGCUGUCACUCCUGAUGAGUACCUGGAGAAUUCAUUGGCUCUGAAAAAAGGAACUGAUAAGAAACAUAAACACCUAAAUGAGUCUCGGCUAUGCAUCAGAAAGUUCUUUCCAAAGAGGAAGUGCUUCAUCUUUUACAGUCCUGCUCAGAGGAAGUAUCUUUCCAAACUAGAGACAAUUCCAGAGGAACAUCUGAAUGAAGAAUUUGUAGAACAAGUUAAAGAAUUCACCUCAUACAUCUUCAGCUCUGCCAAUGUCAAGACUCUGUCUGGUGGCAUCAUAGUCAAUGGGCCACGUCUGCAGAGUCUGGUAGUGACCUAUGUCAAUGCCAUCUGCAGUGGAGAACUACCCUGCAUGGAGGAUGCUGUUCUGGCUUUGGCCCAGACAGAGAACUCAGCUGCAGUGCAAAAGGCCAUUGAGCACUAUGAAGAACAGGUGAACCAUAAGGUCCAAUUACCCACGGAAACCCUCCAGGAGCUGCUGGACUUGCUCAGGCCUAUUGAGAGUGAGGCCAUUGAGGUCUUCAUGAAAAAUUCUUUUAAGGAUGUAGACAAAAAGUUCCAGAAGGAAUUAAAGUACCUGCUGGAUGCCAAGCAAGAUGCAGUCAUUAAGAAAAACAUGGAUGUGUCAUCAGCUCGUUGCUCAGAUUUGUUGCAGGAUAUCUUUGGUCCUCUGGAAGAAGAAGUGAAACAGGGGACAUUUUCUCAACCAAGAGGUUACUAUCUCUAUCUUCAAAAGAGACAAGAGCUGGAGAAAUAUUAUAAUCAGGUGCCUGGAAAGGGGAUUCAGGCUGAAAAGAUGCUGAGAAUGUACUUUGAGUCCAAGGAGGAUGUGGCUGAUACACUUCUAAAGAUGGAUCAGUCACUCACAGAAAAGGAAAAGGAGAUUGAAGAGGAACGUAUAAAGGCUAAAGCUGCUGAGGCUGCAAACAGAGAACUAAAAGAAAUGCAAAAGAAGCAUCUGCUGAUGAUGGAAGAGAAGGACAAGAGUUACCUUGAGCAUGUGAAGCAGCUGACUGAGAAGAUGCAGCGGGAGCGGGAAGAGUUAAUAGCUGAGCAACAAAAUAUUUUACUCCUUAAACUUAAGGAACAGGAACAACUUCUCAAGGAAGGAUUUGAGAAAGAGAGCAAGACACUUCUUGACGAGAUAGAGAAAACCAAGGAAGGAUUUGAGAAAGAGAGCAAGAAACUUCUUGAAGAGAUAGAGAAAAUCAAGAGCAGGAUUUCAUCAUUAUGCACCAUACUUUAAACUUCAAACCAACUAAACCUCUGCACCCAGGUCUGACUCACAAGAUAUUUUCUUUGGGGUCAACUUUGGGCCAUGAAGCGACUUGACACUGAACUAUACUUG